AUGGCACACGUCGGUAUGGAAAGUGUCCAGAUGACCGGAGUUGGCCAGUUUUUCCAGAGGUACGCCGCCAACACUUUUCCAGGAAGAGCUUGGCACAACAAACGCAUCCACGAUCUUGCACUUCCUAAUCCGGUAAACAUCCGCCUCCCACGGUCAUCACCCCCGUCAACCACGAAAAUACUGUCCACCCUCUACGCUCAUCUUCCCCAGGAUUUCUCCGAGUUCCCUGUCCUUGAAAUUUCAACGACAAUUCUCCAGAAGGAGGCGGGGUCUAGGUGGAUCUGGGAGACCCUGAUCAAUAUCCCGCAUGCCUAUUGCUUCCUGAUGAGAACCUGCCCCGAAAUAGCACCACAGGCCCCGAGGUUACCCCGCAUCCCCCACAUCUCUCCUCCGAAUGAAUGUUUCUCCGGCAUGGUCCAUACCCCAUUUUUGAUCGCCAUCGCCAACGAUGACCAACACCGGUGGCACGAUGACCUCCAAUAUCAUAUCCCCAAGCCCCUAGAAAGUCGUUUAAUUCGCACCAGACGCGAGAGCUCGCAUCGCUUGAGCGUUAGCCUCAAACGACUGCACGGCCACUAG